AUCAUAGCCUCUAGAAAUAGGUAAUUAAAGCUGUUGUCCCUCAGGAGUCAAUUAUGGUGCUUAUUUUUUUGGCUCACAAGUCAAAUUCAUCGUAAUUUCCUGUAAUUUCUCAAGAUUUUAUAAUUAAGGCUUACGACCUCUAAUAUAGUAAGUUUCUAUUUCGUAGAUUGUUCUUUGGGUCAAACCCUUGCAACUUACCAAAUAAAAAAGUACUAGAAAUAAGACUUUUUCUUUUUAAAAUAACUCUUUAAUCCGGCCAACAUGCAUUAAUGAUACUUUAUUAGUAAUUUUUUUUAAAGAUACUUUAUUUGUAAUUAUAUAUACUGGUCUAAAUGAGUUUUACUAGGAUUGUAAUUGACCUUUUCAUUUUCUUUGACGGAAUAGGAGAAUUUAUGCAUGAAAUAACUAAAUCAUAGGCCCUAAAUCAGCAAAAUGUAGACAAUGAAAUAAUUUUUCACAAUGCAAUUGAACUUCGCAAGACAAAGAUUUGAAUGCCAUUAUUGCUGAUUACAAUUUUCCUGCAAGGAAUAGUGUUCAUCCACUAUAUAUAAUAAGUUACCAUUUCACCACUUUUCACAUCAAAACUUUAUUCGAGCUUCUGAAUCACCUCAUAGUUUUUUCCCCCACCAAUAUGGAAGGCCUAUUUUCUGUGAUUUUUAUGUUGUUUGUUGCUGCUACACCUAGCUUGUAUGCUAGAGUAACACCCAAUGCAGGAUCUAGCAACUUCAAUAUUGUUAACUAUGGUGCAAAAGGGGAUGGCCAAACUGAUGAUUCACAAGCUUUUGUGAAAGCAUGGAAUGAUAUGUGUGCUGCAACUCAAGGUGCCCCAACACUUCUCAUACCCAAAGGGAAAUCAUUCAUGUUGCAACCUGUGUCAUUUAAAGGUCCCUGCAAAUCUAACAAUGUUAACAUUGAGCUUCAGGGCACUCUUGUUGCCCCUAAAAGUGUUGUUGCUUGGAAAUGGGCAAAUAAUAAUAAGGGAGCAUGGAUCAAUUUCUCAGGAAUAAAUGGCCUUGUUAUUAGGGGAGGAGGAACAUUCGAUGGGCAAGGUGGUCCAUGGUGGGCCAAGUACUCUGAUGAUUCUGACAGGCCAAGUGCACUUCGGUUUAAUAGCUGUAAGAAUCUAGCCCUUAGUGCAACAAAUCACAUCAACAGCCCAAGAAAUCACAUAAGUAUAAGUUCAUGCAGUGGCUCUAGCAUUUCCAAUAUUCAUGUUACUGCCCCAGAGGAAAGUCCUAACACCGAUGGGAUUGAUAUCUCAGGAUCAACUAACAUCCUCAUUAAGGAUUCUACAAUUCGAACUGGAGACGAUUGCAUUGCCAUCAAUGAUGGUUCCUCUUUUAUCAACAUAACUGGUAUUACAUGUGGUCCUGGCCAUGGCAUCAGUGUUGGGAGCCUUGGGAGAGAUAGAAAGUUUGAAACAGUAGAAGAGGUACAUGUGAGAAAUUGCAUCUUCCAAGGAACCACAAAUGGUGCCAGAAUCAAGACAUGGCAGGGAGGAUCCGGGUAUGCGAGGAAGAUAACUUUUGAAGAUAUUAUACUUGAUGAAGCAGAGAACCCUAUCAUCAUUAACCAAAAUUAUAGGGCUUAUCAACGUAAUGGUCUUGCGGAUGCAGUGAAAGUGAGUGAAGUUACUUUCCGUAACUUCACAGGAACCUCAGCUUCUGAGGAGGCAAUCACACUGAAUUGUGACCCUACCGUCGGCUGCACCGGCAUUAUAUUAAAUAAGAUUAACAUAAAAUAUGUAUCAGCAGGGAAAAGAACACGUGCGUUGUGUAAUAACGUUCGUGGGUCAUUCUCUUUAUGUAGUCCAAAUGUUGUCUGUUCUUGACUUGAGAUGUACUAGCCAAUUAGGUUCUUGAAGUAGUAAAUAGGACCCAGUGCAUUUUGCUAUCUUUUUGACAAAAAAAACCCAAGUAUCAUUUUCUAGUAAGGUUGACUUCAUCUCUUGUACUUAGUUAUUUCCCUUUGUACUGGAUUCUAUAUCUAUAGUCCAGCAGGAUUGGUUUUGUACUUUUGGGCCAUUGGUCCAGUUUCAAUGAAGUCCUUGAUCCAAUGUCAAAAGAAA